UAUUGAGACGACAAAAUCAACAAUGAACACACUCUACAUCAUCUGCGUGUUAGCACUACGACUGCUGGCGUGUUCGUGUGACGUGACGUCACCACCUGCCAGACCGUCCAAAAUGUUGGUAGCACUGCUCGGUUCCAGAAACGUCUCUCACUCUCUCGAACAUUCCAACCUCUCGUCCAGCAACCGACGUUUACCUGCUAGGGUCAGUUCAGCGAACCAUUCUUCCGAUGAGUCAACGAUUCUUUCAGCGAACCAUUCUUCCGAUGAGUCAACGAUUCUUUCAGCGAACUAUUCCGUCAAUCUGCCUGUUUCAACGAUUCUGUCAGCCAACUCAAGCUCUGAAAUACAGGCCCGUGCCAUUCGCAUCAAUACUUAUCCCUACAUACAUACAUUUUCUUACCGCAGCUGGGACCAUUUCGAUGGAAAGUUGCUUGGCAUCAUAAUGGGCUCGUUGUUCGGUGCAGUUUUUUUCUUGAUUAUCCUUUUUUGUUGUAUCCGCGCGUGUUUAUUGAGAAAGCAGCGCCCUGUACGUGAGAACAUCGUCGUCCUUUCUAAUAGACAAACCGAUUCCAGCAUCAACCCCAGCAGCGACUCUAUGCCGACCGGUUUCAGCAGCAACCCCAACAGCGAACCACCACCAGCUUACUCUCAAGUAGUCUUUAGCAAGACUGACAAUAACAUGCAGUGGCAAGCGAGAUUUUAAGGUACG